AUGACUACUUUAACUUUAACCUGCCUACUCUUAGGUGACCAUCCCGAUAAGAAUUUCGAAGUCCAAGUUCCAAAAAAUAUGACCAUUUCCAAUCUGAAAAGAACAUUGCAGAGUGACGCUAACUUAAGUGACACGUUUGAGGAUGUUCCUCCAAAAGAUAUUGAAGUCUGGAAAGUCGAAAUUUCCACCACAAAAAAAGGUUGUAAAUUCGAAACCCUAGUCACACUUUGUGACAUACCAGCACCUUGCACCGAUAUCGAAAAAGGACUUGGGGGAGUUUUAUUACGCCAAGGGAAUUCUAAAAUUACGGAAUAUUUUUCAAGCCGGCCUCCUGAUGAUGAGAUCAAUAUUAUUGUCAAAUGCCCAUCUGGUAAGUAA